AUGCUACAUUUGUUAUUGGAUGGCGAAAUAAAGAAGCGAUCAAAAAGUGGCGAGGUCCGAGCUCUAGGGCGCGGGCGGCGCUGGCCGGGCUCGGAGCGGGCGGCAUGGGGCGCGCGCGCAGCCGGCCGGCAUGGCGGUGAGCUGCCCCGAGGUGAUGUACGGCGCCUACUACCCCUACCUGUACGGGCGCGGGGCCGCGCGCUCCUUCCACCACGCGCCGCACUUCCAGUACGACCGGUUUUUACAUCGGGUGUGAACUGUGCCAAUCGCAUCACGAAAGUAAAAAUGUCCGUGCGCAAGCCGGGCCACGGCGCAGCGAGUGACACAGUAGACAGUGUUCUUAUGUGUGGGAUGUUCAAUGUGCAGAGCGGUGCUGGCAAUGUUGGCAGCGAAGCGUACGGGUCGGGGGGCGCGGGCGUCAGCUCCGGCUCGGCCUCCAGCGGCGCUCAGUCGCCGGGCUCCCCGCCGCACGCUCACCACGCGCACCACGCCUCGCGGCUGCGCGCCAAGGAGGAAGACCUGUCCGCUCACGGACGAGCCAGCGCUGAUGCUGGCGGUUCAUCGGAGUCGGAGGGAGAGUGCGCGGGCAGCAGCGCUGCUCGUGCGCGCGCUCAGUACGUCAGCGCCAACUGCGUCGUGUUUACCCACUACUCGGGCGACGUGGCUGCCGUCGUGGACGAGCACUUCGCGCGCGCCCUCUCGCUCGACAAGCCCAAGGAGAGCGUGCCCAUGGUGUCGCGCAACCUGCCCGCGUCGUUCUUCAACGCGGCGGCGGCGGCGGGCGUGGGCGCGGGCGCGGCGUGCUCGGGCGUGGACCUGUACGAGUACGACCCCUGGCACCAGCACUACGGCGGCUACGGGCACGCCGCGCACCGCCACGCCGCCGAGUACCACGCCGCGGCGCACGUGCACCACAACAUGGCGGCCGCCGCCGGCUACCCCGGCCUGCUGCUGCCGCGCUCCUCGCUGCACCACCAGUACAAGCCCGUCGACUGGGGGGCGCAGCACGCGCCGCACCUCGACCCCGCGGCCUGCUCGCCCUACUCCUAUCCCUCCGUGCCCGGGUUACGGGUGAAGACCUCAACGGUGGAGUAUGAGGAGACAGCGGGUGUUGGAACGGCCAAGUCAGCGGAGGAGGCCAGCCUCAGGGGCAUCACUAUGCCCCUGAGGCUGAGGCACUGGAUAAUGGUAUAUGCUCCUACGUCUUCUUCCAGUGAUGAGUCAGUAGAAUUUGACCUUUACCUUGAAUUUUCUACCGCUACAACACCCAAAAGAGAACUGCUACUCAUUAUGGGAUAUUUUAACGCUAAAAUGGGGGAAACUACUAUGGAUGAUGGAAAUCGUAACAUCGUUGGAAGGUCUGGAGGCGCAGGUGCAGGACACGUCCAAGGACCUGUACUGGUUCUGAGAGGGCCGCCGCCGCCCCGACGGACGCUAGUGCGGUGCGCUCCACCGUCGUCCCGGUGUACGAGUAGUGUAGUGGUCACUAGUGAUGCGUGCCCACGGGACGGACUUGCGCCGGCACCGGCGCUUGCACUCAAUGUGGACUAUUUGAAAUAUGUACCGUUCAUACUGCAGUUCGAGCUGAGCUGUGUAGUCAAUCUUGUUUAG